UUGUCAUGGAGUGGUACCCUGAUCGUACAAGAUUCAAGACGCAUACUCGCCCUGGUGUCUACAUCAUUGAUUUCGAGACCGCAAUCCGCUUCUCUGAGGCUGAUGGUGUUGUUGGCAAUGGGAAUGCUCGAUAAUGAAGAUGAGUUUGUUUAUGACUUUGACGAAUGACUCAUCAUGUGUAGGUUCGAGAUCACAUUUCAUAUAUCCAUCUCGGUUUCUUGCGUGAGUCAUGAAUUGGAGUUCUCAGUCAUUGAUGACGCGUCCCGCUUGGACAAAGGUAUGCAACAGAGCGUUUAUCACCAUCGGAACUGUGUUUUCUAGGGCACACAUGACCCUUACGGUGAUACUGACACGGAGUUCCGCCUAUGGGACUAGUUCCUCAUUUCAGGGAAGCACUGACACAGUCAUCCUUCAUUGAGUUGUUAUAUACAUUACCCGGGCCACUGAUGGUAGACGCUGAUGCGUGUCCUCUGGCCGCCACCGUCCCCGUUGGCAGACUCCCAAAGUUCCUGAACAGCUGCUAUGAUCGGAGGUACUUCUCAGAAGCUCCCAAACUUUUCGGACUUCAGAAGUUCAGCACAUCUAAGCGUGAGGAGAUGCAGAUUUCAGACUCUGCGCUGUGUAAUAAAAAGCUAGAUGUGGACCAGACGAAUUUCUUACCGGCAGCGCCUGGGGCAGGGACCGUUGGGUGGAGAGCGCCAGAGAUUUCGCGCCGACGGAUGGUGGCCAUCCAUUUAGGGACUACUGAGGGAUGGAGAGGGAGAGAAACAUUCUUCAGAAUGGAGGGUUUGGGGGACAAGGGUUCUGAGGCUCCGAUUAAGCAGAUGCUCGACCGUGUCCCGCGCAAGCGGUAUGGUCUUUAUGACCUGUUCUUUGGAUGA